CAUCAACGACAGCUCCAACCCCGUCCCCCCCCAUCAUCCACCAUGUUCGCGCAAUCCAUCAGGGCCUCGCGCCAGCAGCUCGCACGCGUUGCACGACAGCAAUCCGGCUUCGUCGCUCGCCGCACCCUCAUCGUCCCCACGGCCGUCAGACAAGCCGACCUCGUGCAGGACAUGUACCUGAGGGAGCUCAAGGCAUACAAGCCUCCCCAAGUGAAGGCCACCGAUGCCGAGGGCCACGUCUCCAAGUUCACCAUCCCCAAGCCUCCACCAUCUCCCGAAGAGAGCGACCUCGCAAGCGACUUGAAGACAUACGAGACACAGCAGGUGGAGCUCGAGGGCUCGGCAUCCACGGAGGACGGUGCGGCGCCUGUGGAGGAGGACUGGUUCGUUGAGGAAGAGGAGGAGACUGCGGCGGCUCACUAGACGAGCGCUGAGUGACUGCAACUUGUAUUAAAAACUCCAAUUGUGUCAAUACUGGACAAAAUCAGCUACAUUCGUCUCUCCUAGUCUUUCUGGCUCUAUAUCACGUGAUUUCUCCCCAGGCGGUAUCUCUGGGCAGGUACCCUACCUAUUUUGACCAUGUACCUAUGUAGGGUUAGUCCCAUCUAAUACGCAAUGUGUGCUUGCUAGACCCGAAUUGCUUGGGUGGUUGUUUGCCAUGUCUUGAUGUAAGAUGUUUGGGGGGACUAGAUGUAUCAUUUCAGGUUAUUGGGCCAAGGAACAGUGACGGUGUUAUGUGCAGGUUAUCCGUGAUGUAGUGUGCGGUGCAUACAUAGAUACGCGCGUAUAAAUGCAAGUGGACAUGACCAGGACCAAUGAGGAACCGAACCGUCCGGCAUGCAGGUUGCAUGGCGUCGACUGCAUGGAACAUGUUUAUGAGCAGCGAGAAGAGCUGAAUUGGGCCAUGUCUUGAACAUAUUGUGAAACGCCGGUCAGAGGCUGGUACCCGAAACGGAGGUCCGACCUGAACCUUUGGAUUUGUCUUAUCGUGCUUACGCAGCCUUGGGUGUACCACGUAACGCAUGUACAUAGAUAUUGUGUGAGUGGUAGAUGGAUACGAUGGGAAUCGAAUGGAUGCUGUCAGCAAGUAGGCGUGUGCCACAACAUGAAGAACACACAUGUGCAUAUUCAUACAUGUAUAUAUAUGGGGUUCCAAAACUUUACGGGAUAGCACGCAGAUGAGAAGGCUGGAUUUUGUAUGGAAAUCAGAAGCGUCCAACUGGGAAACAAUCAGAAUUGCAAAGGGCGCGGAGACGAUGAUUGUAUCUUUGAGUAACAAGCACGUCGAUUUAUCCAAUUGGACAAACGGCACAAAGAGACGACAGACAACAUGGAAGCUAGCACAAGUGGGAAGUGGGACGACGACAUCGGAUGGCAGGCUGGCGGGCUUGGAGCUACUGCACAACAUUUUGAUGCAAUUAGGACGACGCCGUCUCUGGCGCAU